GGAGACACGCGGCAGAGCCGAUCGCCAUCGAGAAAAGCUUGGGAAAGCUUUUCUUGUCGCUCUGGUUCCGGUUCCAAUGGGCUGGUAUUUUGGGAGCGGUUUUCUGGGCAGGCCGCGCACCCCUGAGCGCUGUUGGUUCCCCGGGCAGGUCUCGGUGCUGUAUUUCGCCAGGAGCGCGGAGCUGGCGGGGCUGCGCUGUGAGACCCUCUCGGUGCCACGGGAGAUCACCUCUCUGCAGCUCUGGGAGGAGAUCGUCAAGGUCCACCCCAGGCUUGCUGUCAUCCGGGAUCAAGUGGUAUUUGCUGUUCGGCAGGAAUACGUGCUUCUUGGAGAUCAGGUCUUAGUCCUGCAGCCUGGAGACGAGGUUGCCAUCAUCCCACCAAUUAGUGGAGGUUGAACCUGCUCAGGUUCUGUUUGUUUUUCUAGUGCGAUAUGGAGGAAAGUGAAGAUGUGCCAAAAGAUUUUAUCAAGCUCAAGUCUGAAAAGCUCUCCGUAGAUGAAGUGUCAGAGCUGGUUGUUUCACCAUCCUGUGGGGCAGUGUCUCUGUUCAUUG